AUGAUUAGCUUGAAACAAGGCUAUAAGAGAAAUCGUCCUAGUCAGGGCGAAUCACAAUGUCUACAGAUCCUACAGUGGAAUGCUGGAGGGAUUUCACAGGACAAAAAGAUCCAAGUCCAGAAAAUCCUACAAACCUAUGAUGUUGACAUUUUCACAAUUAUGGAAGCAAACCUUUCGGAUGACAAAUUUAAAUACUACCAAUUCCCAGGUUACACCCUGUACAAUCUACCUAAAUACUGGCAAGUUGCAAGUGGAAUUCUGACUGGAGUUAAAGAAGUCCUCACCUCACAUUAUGCAGUCUAA